GCGAUUUCUUGGAGCGCAACCCAACGCAGCGCAACGACAAAAGUUAGAGCCAACUUGUGUUACAAGACAGACCAACAGACCAGUCAUUUCCAAGUCAAUCUGCCGAGUGCAGCGACCCAGGUUGCAAGAUGCAGCCUCACCCUCAAUAUCGAGGAAUGCCCCAGCGUUCUCCUCACGCUGCUGUCGCUCAAUCCAACCAGCGCCGUGGAAUAGGUGAGUGUCAAUGCCACCAAGAACCAAUGCGCCCAGUGUCAUCCGCCGACGGCGACCUCAUCGCAUUGCGCCCUCUUCACUGUGGCACUGGCCACUAAGAUAACGUAUCAUUUGUACUGACUGGAAUUGGCUGCUUAGGUCCUAUGGUCGGCGUACAUCCAAUACCGUCGCAAAUGCAGGCUCAACAACAAGCUCAGUCGCGGGCGAGCGAUCGUGCGAAGAUCCGAAGUCAGAAACCCACCGAUCGGAAUAUCCCUGAGGGCGUGGAGGAUUGUAUUAUUGGGGAUGGCGUACAGCGAUAUAGAGAUUUGCGAGAGAUUGAGCGGAGGUUGGAUUCUACUAUGAUGAGAAAGAGGUUGGAUCUUCAAGAUUCCGUCAACAGAAAUGUCAAGGUAGGUGGAUUCGGCGCAUAUGUUUGGGUGGGGUGUUGACAGGUUGUAGCGCUAUAGAACAUUGCGGGUUUGGAUUAGCAAUACGGUAGAAGACCAGCCCUGGCAAGCCGACUCUCUCGAUGUCGACACGUUUGAUUUCAGCACAAACCUAGACUCGUCAUUUCGAGUCAAAAUCGAGGGGAAACUUCUGGAUGAGCCAGCUGAAGACCUAGAUAGUGAUGAUAGCGACAGUGAAGACGAAGCGGCAGACCCAGAUGCGAUGGAUGAAGAUGGCAAGGAAAAGAAGAAAAAGACCGUAAUUCCACCCAAGGAGUACAAGUUAUCCCAUUUCUUCAAAGCCAUGACCGUAGACUUUGAUCGCAAAGGUAGGGAUGGGACAGACCAGAGCGUGGAAUGGAAGAAACCAGCUCUACCGGCCAAUGCCAAAGACCUACCAAAUGCGGCAGAUUUUGAUCAAUUGGAAUUCAAGCGUGGAGGAGAUGAGAAUAUGAACAUUACCAUCAAUCUUACUCGAGACGAAACCCCAGAGAGAUUCAAGUUGAGCCCAGUCCUUUCUCAAAUACUUGACACAAUAGAGGCCACUCGCUCUGAGGUAAUUAUGGGUAUUUGGGAGUAUGUUAAAGCCAAUGGCUUACAAGAAGACGAUGAUAAGCGAUCAUUUACCUGCGAUGAUGCGCUACGAACAGUAAGUAGUUUAUGUAUUAAACGCGCUCAUGAUCUCUUUAGCUAACACUUGCAGCUCAUUGGUGGCCGAGAAAAAGGAUAUAUCCCCUACCUCACAGAACAUAUUUUAGCACACAUGACCACUCUUCCACCAGUCAAGCUUCAAUACACCAUCAGAACCGACAAAGCUUUUCAUGAGGAUCCCCGGCCCACUAUUUAUGAUAUCCAGGUCCAGGUCGAUGACCCACUUCGAGCAGCACUUAUCUCCUACCUCGGCAACGAUUCCUACACCCAGAAUCUGAUCGAAAUUGGCCGUUUGAAUGAACAUGCAGCUGUCCUCGUCCAGAAGAUUUCCAACUCCAAAUCUAAACAUGCAUUCUACGACGCCUUGUCCAAGAACCCCACAUCAUUCAUCGCCAAAUGGCUCAGUUCCCAAAAGAGAGAUCUGGAGGUUAUUUCGGGGCGAGCCACGAGAGGUGGUGGUGAGGAUGCGAGUGGUGAUGAGUGGAGAAGAGGCGGGAAAGAUGGGAUCUGGGGAAGUACGAAUGUGAAGGAGAGUGUGGAUUUGAUCGUUGGUCAGAAGGCGAGGAUGUGA